CCAGGCGGGUCCCAGUCGGUGUGAGAGCGCGAGGCGAGCGGAGCGGCGCGGCGCGACCACCCCGUACAGCAGCCAUCGCCUGGCGCAGCCAGCGCAGCGGCGCAGCGGCGCAGCGGCACCGCCAGGGCGCCGCGGGCCUGCCGGGGAUCAUCCGGGGCACCCCUUCGGCCCCGGCGACCUCUUAGGGGCGGACGGGCCGAGUACACUGGCCCCAGGCCUCGGGCCGCGCAGGACGUGAAGGAGGCAUGGUGACCCGUCCGGGGCUCCCCAGCGCCGUGCCGGCCGGGCCGAUGCCGGUUGGGCCUGGCGUGGGAGGCGGCGCCGGAGGCGGUCCCCUCGGCGGCGCAGGAGCCGCGGGGCCGGCGAGGGCUGCGGGGGCGGGGCCCGCCGCGGGGCCUUACAGAUGAGGCUACGCCCCCGGGCUCGGGCCUGGGCCCCACCCCGGCAUGGAGUACGGCGCACCCAUGCCCGCGGCCCUGCCCAUGCCGCCGCUUCCACCCCGCAGCCCCAUGCUGCCCAGGGCCCCCAUCCCCCCGGCCGGCCCCCCGGGCUCCUCGCCGGACUCGGACUCGGGCGGUGCGGGCGGCGACGCGCAGGCCGCAGAGGGCAGGCGGCGGCUCGACUACCAGACGUCCGACUGCUCGAGCAGCAACCCGGGCAGCCCCAGCCCGUGCCCAUCGUCCUCGCCGUCCGAGUACGCGCCCCCGCGGCCGCCGCCCGCGCGCUACCACCCGCCCCCGGACCUGCUGGUGCACGCCGCUGACUUCGGUGAGUGGGAGGGCGGCGCGCCAGGGCGCCACCGGCCGGUGCGGGGAGCCAUGGACACGCACCGCGGCUACGCUGAUCAGCGCCCCUACGGCGCAGCCGACUACGACGACAUGGGUGGCUACGUAGCCUACGCCGACGACACCCCUGUCGACGAUACGCCAGAAGACCAGGAAAGGGAAGACGACGCCCUGCCGGAGGACCCUUACCUAAGCUCUUCGUACCCGGAGGAAGACUCGGACAUGACGACGACCGACGACGGCUAUCGUGUCCACCUGGCCUACCCUCCUGGACAGGGCUCCGGGUACAGCCGGAGGAGCUACGCCGCUGGACGGCAGCACAGCUACCCCGGGGCCGUGCCGGACCCUAACUCCCUGCAGCCCCCUGGCAUGUACCGCCGCGGCUUCUCCGAGGACGUCAACGAGAUCCGGGCCGUGGGCUCCGGGCAGGGUUACGGCGGCGAGUACGACGACGACAGCAGUUACGGUGGCCACCACCGCGGACUGCCACUGCAGCGGGGGGUGGCCGACGGGCUGAGCGACGGCCACAGCGACACAUCCAGCGUGCGCAGGCUGAGCAAUUCUCCCCGCCACUCACGGAUGCUCAGCGACGCCGACCUGUCGGAGCGGAGCGAGCGGAGCACGGGCAGCGGCGGGCCGCGCCUGGGCGCCGAGCUCCUGGACGUGUCUCGUCGCGGCCGCGCCGACGGCGGCGAGUCUUCCGCACUGCGAUCGUCGGCCUACCUCCGACAGAACGUGAGCGCGGACGGCGUGAUGAUGCGGCAGCCACCGCCGCCCCUCAGCCUGCCGCCGCCGGAGGAGGACGGGGCGUACAUGGCCCCGCCGCCGCCGCCCCCGAGGCGCCUCCCCGCGGAGCCGACGUCCUCGUCGCUCUACCGGAGGCCGUCGCUAGACCCGGGGCUGGAGGCGGCCGUGCAGUCCCUGCGGCUCGACCACCACAGUCACGGCCUGGGGCAGGGCCACCACGACGACCCCCCUCCCACGAGCCCCAGGCCCACCUCGUACCACGGCCGCUGGCGCAGCCCGAGGCCGAUGUCGUCCUCGCACCAAGACAUCUUCUACCGGCGGCAUACCUUCGACUCGACCAGCGACGAGGCAAGCAUGUACCUUCGCCCCUCGCACCAGGACGACCAACCCCCUAAAUCGCCCGGAUACAGUCGACGACGGUACAACGUCCCGGGGGAGAUGUCGAGCAAGGGGAGCACACGCGCGGCCUGGUAUCGCGCUAACCGCUCCGACUCGCGACCACCGACCGGGCCGAGGAGUACGCCGGCCUCACCCAAGAAGCUAGCCGGGUCAUGGGACCCGGGUCCAAACGUCAACUACUUCUUCUCCAACCUCCCCGUCAACGCAGGCGACCCUUACCGCACCAUUGAGCCGGCCGGCGUGUCCUCGCGCCCGCGCCGCAGCAGCCGCACAGAACUCAGCAUCGAUCUGGACCAGGACGCUCUGAACCUGGACGCGGAUGACGAGGAGAGCGACGCCCCGCUACCGUCCAUCCCCAUCCCGGAGGUGUUCGUCGAGGAGGCUCGCGAGGACGAGGACGACGGUGAGGAGGCGUACGUGCCGAGCAACACCGACGUGCGACGCGGCGCGUCGCCCUACGCCUACAAGGACCGCCACUACCUGGACGAGUGGGCGUACGCCAACCAGUCGGGCCCACCAACCUCCCCGAGGGUGGCCCCCUCGUCCCGGGGGCCCUCCAGAGGCCCCUCCAGAGGCCCCUCCCCGCGGGGGGCGCGAGUGCCCUCGCCCCGAGUGGGGCCUCGAGGCUACAGCCGCAGUCCCCUGCCGGCGCUGCCCUCGGCGCCCAGGGACCCUUCACCGGUGUACGUGCCUACCAGCCGCGCAGAGUACCUGGCCGGAGCGACGGAGCCCGUCGCCGACUACCACAUGGAGAGCGAGAGAGAUCGGCGCCGCCAGGGCGACUACCACAUGGAGAACGAGAGGGACCGGAGGCAGGCCGACUACCGGCGCACUCAGCUGUCCGCGGUGUCGCCGGGGCCCGGGGCCGACUACCGGGGGCACCGGGGGGCGCGCCCGUCCUUCCACGCCGUCAAGUCGCUGGACACCGGCAUAGGACACCGCCAGGAGUACGCGGAUGACGUCGAGGACGACCUCGUCCAGGACCGCGACGAGGAGAGGUCCGCGCUCACACCCACCCAGCACCAGGCCCUUUCGCUGUCGCUGUCGCCGCCCCGGCGGCGGAGGAAGAUGCCCGCCCUGCAUCCGAGCGGGUCGGAGGUGCGCUCGGAGGGCGGCCGGCGCGAGUCGGAGGACCUGGAUGACGCCGCCCUGGUCUCGGACAACGAGCCGCUGCUGCCGGAGGACCGCGAGGAGCAGGAGAGCCCCUCCGACUACUGCACGGGCGGCUACCACCCCGUGCGCAUCAACGACCUGUUCCACGGCCGCUACCAAGUGUACUGCAAGGUGGGCUGGGGUCACUUCAGCACGGUGUGGCUAUGCAGGGACAAGGCGGUGAAGAGGUUCGCAGCUCUCAAGGUCGUGAAAAGUGCUCACCAUUACACCGACACUGCUCUGGAUGAAAUAAGACUUCUUAAGAGGGUGCGCAACGCCGACCCCUCGGACCCCGGACGCCGGCGCGUCGUGCUGCUGCUGGACGACUUCCGCGUCGAGGGGAUCUACGGCAUGCACGUCUGCAUGGUGAUGGAGAUGCUGGGCUGCAACCUGCUGCGCCUCAUCAACCGGACGCACUUCAGCGGGCUGCCGCUGCACAACGUGAAGCGGAUCAUCAAGCAGGUGCUGGAGGGGCUCGACUACCUGCACACCAAGUGCCACAUCAUCCACACCGACAUCAAGCCGGAGAACAUCGUGCUCGUGGCCUCGCCCGAGUACCACCGCAAGCUCGCGCUCGAGGCCAUGAAGUGGCACGACCGCUGCCGCCAGACCGGAUCGACCGGCGGGCGCGGUGGCCACCGGGUCAGCAUGCCACGAUCCAUGGUGGCCAACCUCCCCGCCAAGCUGCCGGCGCCCACGUCGGAGAGCGGGAGCAGCAUGGGCGGCUCGAGCAAGCGCAAGCCGGACGUGCAGCGGUCGGGCGAGCACAUCCGCACGCACACCAAGCACCGGCGGCACACGCACGAGCAGGGCGAGUCCUCGCUGGCGAGGGGCGGGCCCCGGGGCGUGGCGCCGCCGCUGUCCAAGUCUCGGGAGCGGCGCCAGGACAACGGCGCGAGCGCGGCCGCGGCCAGCGGCGGCUCCUCCAGGCAGAAGGUGGCGGCGGCGCCCGAGAUCCACACCGACAAGCACCACAGCCUGGACGAGAUGCCGCUGGCCUCCGUGCGCUCCGAGCACGACUGGGAGGACUGGGAGCCGCCGGCCACGUCGCUGCUGUCCUCGCCGGCGUGCUACCGGCCGCGGUCCAACGUGGCGCGCGGCGCCAGCGUGGCCGCGACCUCCGCCGACGACGAGCAGGCGCCCCCGGAAGGCAGUCCGCGGAGGGCGUCGUCGUGCCCCGCCCCGGACCCGUCCCCGCCCGUCCAGCUGGCCUCGUCGGGGAUGGGGGCGGGUGGCGGGCUGGACGACACAUCUCCGGACUGCGACCCCGCCAAGACUGAUUUCGUCGAGUUCGACGUCAAGAUCGCCGACCUGGGCAACGCCUGCUGGACGUUCCACACCUUCACGGACGAGAUCCAGACGCGGCAGUACAGGUGUCCCGAGGUCAUCCUCGGCGCCAAGUACGGCACCUCUGCCGACAUCUGGAGCCUCGCGUGUAUGGCGUUCGAGCUCCUCACGGGCGACUACCUAUUCGAGCCGCGCUCCGGGGCCACGUACUCGCGGGACGAGGACCACCUGGCCCACAUCAUGGAGCUGCUGGGACCACUGCCCAAAGACCUCGUCACCAACGGCAAGCACUCCAAACACUUCUUCAACAGCAAAGGCGCACUCCGCAACAUCGGCAAGCUGCGGCCCUGGCCGCUGCGGAGCGUGCUGGAGGACAAGUACGAGUGGGGCCGCGAGGAGGCGCAGGGAUUCGCCGACUUCGUCUGCCCCAUGCUGGACCUGCGGCCCCAGCUCCGGGCCUCGGCGGCGGAGCGGCUCACGCACCCCUGGCUGGACCCGGUGCGGGCGUCCUCCAACAACCGCUGGACCAUCUGCAUCUGAUCUGACGGAUUAGUAGUACUCGCUGCAGCAGCGCACCGAACGUGCGUCUGUGACUCCCAGUCACCACGCUGUCAACCGGACACGACGGCACCGAGACAGACGGCGGCUCAAGCUGCCUUCAUCCUGGUGUUUGCUAGGUUUACAAUUCUCACAGCUGCAUUUAGUUUAUAAGGGAACUGAACCGCAGGGCGGCGGCGGCAUUGCCCGGCUGGUGUUCGAAGUCAGCGCCCCGCGCAGAUUGUCAUACUUUGUCGCCCCCACCCAUCCAUACCCUGCACUGUGCAAAAGUGAUGAUAAUGACAAGGAGGAGGAGGAUUUUGUGCGCUAUCACCAUCACCAAAGAUUGAGUGUGAAUCUCGUCGCGGGACCCUCGAGUAAAUCUGACCAAUCAAACAUAUCGAAAUUUUUAUCAAUUAUGUAUUCAGUCUGAUUGAAGCGGCCUAGUGAGAAAAGGCCGCAGCACUAGAGCAAAAACAGGGUUUCUUUGGACAAGGUGCCUAAUAGGAAGUGAAGGUUAUAGCCACCCACCUUCAAUCGAUUUUUAAUUAACUGAACUAGGGAGUUGUUCAAUUUAGAUUAUUCCUAGACCUCUGUGUGCAGGAUGGGAACCAACGUAAGCUAAGUAGAAAAAUAAAUUGUCUGUGAAUAACAACAUCCCAUCCUAUCAUAAAAUCGAUCAGUAUUUCCUUUUUUCAAUAUCAGAGUGUACUGCAUUUUCCGUCAAUUUUAUUUUAAAAAUUUAGCCACAAAAGCACUUGAACCUCACAUAACUUUUAAAAAGGUUAAACAAACUUUUUAGACAUUAACGUUUUGAAAAUACUUCUUUUUCCUCUUUAUAUGAUUUCUGAAUGUUUUCUAAAAUUGGAUAACUUUAUCUUGUGUUUUUAGGUAGUUUACACUUUUGAGUAAAAUUCAUUGAAAUGCCCUUCAUGUCACUUCCACUUUCGUCUACUGUAUAUUUGACUGAAACUCUGAAAAAAUCUUUUAUGUGAAUUUUAAGCUAUUGUAAGAUCUACCAGUUAUCACUCAUAACUUUCUAUCAAUUUAACAUUUUGGAAUUUUAUGUGACUUUACUGUCACACCUAUUGUAGUGUAUAUUACCCAAUUUCCUGUGUGAGUUCUGGGAACUCUUUAUUUUUACAAUAAGUUGCCAGUUUUGUUUCUUUCGUGAAUAGAAACGUAUGAUUGGA